CUCUCCUGCUGACAACCGCAUUUUGCAUACUUUCUCCAAAGCGCUAUUUGGGCCUUUCUGUUCAAACUUUUAUUCUCUAGCAUUUCCGGGUUGGCACUAGAGCUCAGAGGACGUCACCCCAAAGGAAGAAAACAACUCCUCUCGAGCCGGCUAACCAACUGGAGGGACACUGGACGGCUGCGGUUGUUUUAUUUUGUUCCGCCUUGACACAACAAUUGCCACUUUUUCGCUUUUGUGUCGUUCAUUCUCAGUGUAAUUCAAGACGGCAAUUUCGGCACCCUUCGGCACUGCAGACUAACACAUGGGAGUCAAGGGACUAUGGACGCUGCUAGAACCGUCAGGGCGACCGGUGCGCCUCGAGACACUGGCAGGCAAGCGGCUGGCAGUAGAUGCGUCCAUCUGGCUGUACCAGCUUUUCAAGGCCAUGCGGGACGACGACGGGAAUCCCUUGGAGGAGGCGACACAUUCUCGGCUACUGUUCUACGACAUCCGGCCAGUCUUUGUCUUUGACGGUGCUGCGCCCGAGCUGAAGAAGGCGACGGUCGCUGAGAGGCAGGCAAGGAGGGAGGAAAGAACGCGGGAUGCGAAGCACGCGGCACAGCAAUUGCUGCAGACAAGGCUGAAACUGCAAGCACUAGAGGGCGUGGAUGGGUCAGCAGAGGAAGCAGUGGAUGGAGACAGCACCGGCAGAGAACACCACACGCCAAGCCCGGCGAAAAAGCGGAAGCGAGACGAAUAUGAAUUGCCACCCAUGGAAAAUGAGGCGCUGGCAACACGGCUCGGCAACAGGGACGAUAUGCGGAUGGCCCAUCCGGAUGACCUGCGUCAGCUCCUGGCACUGGUGACAAAGAACGCGGGAAGCAUCAACAACCUGGACGAAAUAGCGAUCGACACCGAUUCCGCAGCAUUCAAGGCAUUGUCGGCCGAGGACCAGCACGACCUGAUAGUGGCGCUAAAGGUGCGGUCUCGCCAGACAUCGCACAACCGGCUGCAGGCUAUGCUCGAGUCGUCCAACACGUCGAUGGACUUUAGCAAGCAGCAGAUCAGCAGCCUGGUCAAGCGCAAUAACCUGACGCAGCAGUGGCUCGAGGUCACCGGGGCUGGGCACAGAGUCACGGCGCUUGCUCCUGGCCAGGUCACCAGUGGGCGUGUUGCGUCGGAGAGGAAUCGCGAGUACACGUUGAUCAAGAGCAGCCAGCCAGGUGGUGGAUGGACACUGAAGAUGAGUGGCGGCGGUGCAGCGAAAGAGGAGGUUGAGGAGGGUACACCUAGCAACGAAAUAAUGAUUAGCAGUGACGAAGAGGAUGUCGAUGCUGAAGACGAUUCCGACGCGUUUGAGGAUGUCGAUAUCGAAAACGAGCAGCCGCGGUUCCAUGCACCAGCAGCGCCAGCAACUGAUCAGAUCGGGUACCCGUCCCAUCUGCACCAGCCUCACCAGCCUCACCAGCCACAGAGCAUUGUGCUCCGACAGCCUGGACCCGAUGGGACCAACGCCACAUCCUAUGCAAAUAUGCAGCCGGCCGGGGCAUCAGUAGCACCAGCCCACCUUCAGCCACACGGUCUCGGAUCCGCCCACCCGACACACAUUGUGCAGGAUGCAGUACCCGUCACCGGCAAUACAGCGGAGUAUCCGGAUGUACAGCAGAUGGCGGCGACAGGGCCGUCGCCGAUGGCCAGCUCAUUCGACGACCUGGCAAUCGAAUCAGAUGGGUCAAGCGCUCUCGCUAGUAACGACCUGGACUACGGCAACUACGAAAGCAACAGCGAAGUAGCCGUCAGCGACAUCGAGGCGAAUGCCAAUCUGCUGGCCCUGUACGGCGACUAUGGACAGCUGGAGGAGCUGCACCGUAAGCGUGAGGAGGAGAUCCGGCAGCAGCGCGAGCGCGAGGAGUACACAAUUGUGGCGAUGAGUGUGCAGGACUUUUUGAACAUCUGGAUGAACCUGGCGACGCCAGCGAUGCUCGAUGCGGACCCGUUUAUCCGCGUGAACAUGCAGAGGUGGCUGCUGGAGGAGAGACUCGACUCGUUGCGUAUGAUGGCGCAUAAGGCGUCACGACAGUUCGAAAAACAGCCGGAGCUUGAUCUCGAAGAGCCGGAGCUGGACGGGGCAGUACUAGAUGUCGAUGCGUACGAGGAGGUGCAGCAGCUACGUGCCAGGGUCUCCACGCUGGCGCUGCUGUCCAACUACCUGUCGUAUGCCGUGAAGUGGCGCGAGGCCAGGGAAAUGCCUGCUCAGCACCCGCAGGUGCACCAGGUGGUGGAGCCAGAGGAAAUUUCUGGCACGGGCUCGCCCGAGGUGAUUGCCCUCGAAAGCAGCUCCUUGCUUGCUGGCAGCGAUUUGCCGCGCGGUAUGACGCAAUUUGCCGAUGAGCCCGAGGCCGCACAUGACGAGCAGCGUAAGCGCGAUCUUGUAUUUGCCAAGGCCGAGCUGUUUGCCCAGGAUUCGGCCGAUAUCCUCCCACAAACAAAAAAGCACCGGACCACGGGCAUUGCAGUGCACAACAUAGAUAGCGACAGCGAGGACGAUGUAGACAGCUCGGUAGCAAUUGUGGAACAGCAGGCCAGCGAUGCUGACAUUGGCAAGUCUGAGUGCAAGGCGUCUGAGGACUCGGCCAUAGCCCUGGACGCAAAGUCUGCUGAGCAUGACGACGACGAUGACGAGGCGGCUAUGGAUCAGCAGCAGGCAGAGCUGAUGCGCAACGAGCAGGACGAGUACGCACACUUUGUCGACAAGCUCAAGCGGUCAAUCGACCCCGAACAGCAGGCAAAGCGCAGCAGCUACGAGGGCAUGCGCGCCGAGCUCGAAAAUGAGCUGCAGUCCUUGCGCGCGCGUGUGCGCGACAGUCGGCGUGACGCGUCAACGAUGGACAGCGAUAUGGUCGAGGAUGUGCGUAUGCUAUUGACGAUGUUUGGAGUUCCGUAUGUCACUGCGCCAAUGGAAGCUGAGGCCCAGUGCGCGCGGCUGGUUGAGCUCGGACUGGUCGACGGAAUGGUCACCGACGACUCAGAUGCGUUCCUGUUUGCACCCACAGAUACCACGCGCGUGUACCGGAACUUCUUCCAAAAGGACAAGUUCGUCGAGCUGUACACGGGCAGCAAUGUGUUUCGCGACACCAGCCUGUCGCGCCGCGAUUUCGUGUUCAUGGCGUGCCUGCUGGGCAGCGACUAUACGGUGGGAAUCAAGGGCAUUGGCCCGGUGCUGGCCAUGGAGGCACUGGCGGAGUUUGGCCCCAGCGUUGGCAGCGAGCACGCGGUCGUGGUCGAAGACGAAGACGCAGUAGUAGGCGCGCUGACCCGGUUCCGCGAGUGGUGCGAUGCAGUCAGGGGCGUAUUGCCUGGCGCCAGCAUCCCGGAGGAGCUAGUUGCCACUGCUCUGCACCGCCGGCUGGCCCGUGUUGUGCGCAAUUCCGAGAUGCCGACGCGGUUCCCGGACCCGCGUGUCGUCCACGCGUACUUUACCCCGCUGGUGGAUGAAUCCAAAACACGGUUCGAGUGGGGCACGCCAAACAUGGAGCUGAUGCGCGGGUUCCUGGCGGACAAGCUCGGGUGGGACGAGGACAAGACCAACGAGACCCUGGUCCCGCUGCUGCGAACCAUCAUGGGGCACCGCAGCGCGCAGGAUUCCGAGACCCCCGGUCCGCGCCAGGCAACCCUGGAUGCAUACACCAGAAACACCCACAGCAAUGUGUCGCAGCGUCCAAACCAGGAGCUGGCCAGCAUUAUGCGCAGCAAGCGCAUCGACAAGGUGAUCUCGUCGCGCAAGCGGCAGGGCCUGAACAACUGAACCCGGCGAGGGUUUCUAAACACCCUUCAAUCUGUAUAAUCUAUUUUUGUUUUUCCAACCGACGAAAAAAA